GUAUGAUGUCAUAAGGCUGCGCCGCACUCCUGCGUCUGUGUUUCAGCUGAAGAAAGUAACUGAAUCUGUGACACACUGUUAUAAAGAUGGCGUUUAGUAAAGAAGAGAGUGAAGACAUGAAGAUUGAAGAAGCAUUCAAAGUCAAACAUGAAGAUACUGAGAAACAAACAGACCUGAUGGAACUGAAAGUGGAGAGUGAAGUACUGAAUGAAAUGGAAGAGAAAGGUCAUGAUUUCAUAAAUGGAGAAAAAUCUUUUAGUUCUUCACAGACUGAAAACACUCGAAAGAGAGUAAGAACUUAUUUCACCUGUCAACAGUGUGAAAAGUGUUUCAAUCAAACAGAAAUUAUUAAAAGACACAUGAGUGUUCACACAGGUGAGAAGCCUUAUGCCUGCCAACAAUGUGGAAAGCAUUUCAGUCAUAGACUAACUCUUAAAAGACAUGUUAGAAUUCACACUGGAGAAAAUCCCUACACAUGCCCUCAGUGUGGAAAAAGUUUCCAUCAAAAACAACACUAUGAAGACCAUAUAAGAAUUCACUCUGGAAAGCAACCCUACACAUGCCCACAGUGUGGAAAGAGCUUUAAUCACAAACGAUGCUUUGCAGACCACAUAAGAAUUCACACUGGAGAGAAGCCAUACAUAUGCCAACAAUGUGGUAGACGUUUCAACCAAAAAGGAAACCUUGACCGGCACAUGAGUGUUCACACUGGAGAAAAGCCUUACACUUGCCAACAAUGUGGAAGAUGUUUUAACCGGAAAGAAAACCUUCAUUGCCACAUGACGGUUCACACUGGAGAGAGCCUUUUCACCUGCGAACAGUGUGGAAUAAGUUUUACUCAAAAAGAAAGCUUUAACAGACACAUGAGAAUCCACAAUGGAGAGCAGCCUUACACAUGUGAUCAGUGUGGAAAAAGUUUUAAUCAACAUGGAAACCUUGAAGUCCACAUGAAAACUCAUAGAGAGAAACCCUACACAUGCUCUGAGUGUGGAAAGAGUUUCAGUCAAAAACACUUUAAGGACCACAUGAGAAUUCACUCUGGAAAGCAACCCUACACAUGCCCUCAGUGCGGAAAGAGGUUUAAUCAUAAACAACACUUUGAAGACCACAAAAGAAUUCACACAGGAGAGAAGCCUUUCACCUGCCAACAAUGUGGAUUAAGUUUCAGCCAAAAAGGAAGCCUUAACAGACACAUGAACCGUCACACUAGAGAGAAGCCGUUUAUAUGUGGUCACUGUGGAAAGAGUUUCAGAAAUAAAGCAGCACUUAAAUACCACAUGAGGUUCCACAUAUGAGAGAAGUGUAUUUUUACAUUAUCAGUGUGACAUGAGUAAUGUAAUAACUAGAGUUGGGGUACUCAGACUCAUACUCGGACUCAAGUCCGGUCUCGAGUACAAUUUUUAGGCAACUUGGAAUCGGAUGCAUUUUUACUCAGACUUGACUCAGACUCGAACCUUUCGGACUCGGAAAAUAUCCCGAGUCCAGAGACAGUUGACGGAAAUGUCACUGACUCGAUGCAUUAUCACAAAAGCGAUAUUUAAGUCUUUUUUAAGUAGGCUACUUGAAAGCCGACGGGUUUAUGUGCGGACACACACUCAAAGCGCGUUCACAGUCUCAGUCAGUGUAUGAAUGUCGAGUUCUCUUUUGCUUCUACUAGGUUCUGUUAUUGCUACACACAUGCUCGUCUUGGAGACUAUUCAUGUAAAUGAAGUUGGUUUUGUCCUAAGUAAACCUGAACAGUUGGGAGAAAUACUGAUGCGUCAAAAUAUUUGAUCUGUGCGUCAGAUCUGAAAGCGACAGCAGAGUAAACCCGCAGCCACCAACCGCGUCAUAAAUAUUAAUCAAACAACAAAAGAAAAAGAGAAAAUCUCUCACUGUUCUUGACUGAAUCACUUAUUAACUGUAAUAAAAAUCAUCUUUCACUGAACAAAAAAAAAUUUUUGUCCUCUUAACAUUUGCUGUUCUCCAACAUAUAAAUGAGUCUAAAAAAAAAAAACUCAACUGCAAACUAAUUUUUUAUUAGAUUUUCUUAUGUCCACUACAAUGGACGCCAGGACUGAAAAAAAAAAAUCUGCAUAUUUUAACCAUACAUAAUAAGUAGAGUUUAUGCACUGUAGUUGAACUAGUGUUUAUGAUUUUGAACAGAACACAUGCUGUAAGAAUGAGGGAAAAACAGGUGAGAUGAUAUGAAGUCUCAAAAAAACUUGUUUUUUGGUUGAAGUGGGUGAAUCUGAGUAUAUAUAUAAAUGUCUUUGCGUGUAUAUGUUUAUGUGUACUUGCUGAUUGUUUUGAUAAAUAUAUGAUUGUGUGCAUUGUAGCAUCAAGGCAUCAGUGUGUGUAGAAGUGCUGUGAGUGUGUAUGUUGCUGUGUAUUCACUGAUCUCACA